AACUUCUAAAACUGUUUGCCAGUUUCAUUUAAGUGUAAAGUCUUUAUGUCACAUUCAUUAAAAACACAAAAAUUCCUAUAAGUCACCUGAAGUGGCUGGUGUAAUGAGAGACAGAGAGAGAGACUACUACGUAUUUUUUCAUCACCUCUCUGAACUGAGGGGAAGGCAACAAACAGCACAAGCUCACCCUUUAUUAGGUCCUAGAGAAGGUACCUCAGAGGAACUAUCUGAAUCACUUGAUUGCAAGAGAAGCUUCAACCCUGAAAAAGCAGUUAUGGAACAUAUCCAUAGGAAAAUGGAGUUCCUUAACUCUGCUGUUGUGAAACCAUUUAUUUAAUGGUUUUGGCAGGAAAGCCUUUAAUACCCAACUUAAAUAGCAAGUAAGUGCUGUCUACAUUUGAGUAAAAUUACAUAUACAGUGUCUUUUAGCCUCUUUGUGACUUGUCAUAAGCUAAAGUUUCUGCUUGCAGAGACUGCUCUGAGGGUAGCUCUAUAUUAUUGAAUGUUUUAAUAUGUGAUUUUUAAGUAGCUCUAGGUGCAGUCCACUAAAGUAAAAGCAACGUCCAUAGCGUGCCCCGAAUUCCCACGCAACUAAUAUCAGAGGGGCUGCUACACGGAGCUUAGCUCGAACUUUUACCCUGUUACCUGGUAUACAGCUUGCUAUUUUAUCUCUAGUUAUUCUUGGCUAGAGGUAUCUUGUACCAGCAGGUUGAAUUAGUGACAUGGAGGCAAUGCUUUGGAUUUAGUUAGCUGGACUGCAAGCUACUUUGGGUGAUUGAGAGCAGUUAAUUCUUGUUACCUGUAGAGAGUAUUUGCAUCCCCAAGUACAGAAAACUAUUUCCAAGGAGCAUGCAGGUGUCUUUGAAGACUCACUUCUGUAGAUACACUUCAGGUUCCAGUUAGAAGUGCUAAAAGGGGGGUUUUGUGAUGUUAUGGCUGCCUACCUUGUUUUUUAUUGCUUAGAUGAUAUUGACUGGGCUAAUGUUAAUUUUAUACUUUUUUGCUGCGUAACAAAACUUUGACAACUGUCAAUGCAUGUGACUCUGGAACUACUGAUUCCAGAUUAUCCUUUAAUAAAUGUUUACAUUAUGUGCCACUAAUAUUCAAGGCUUCUGGCAUCCGUUAUAGAAAACUACCCUCAAGUCAUCUGGAGGUUUUUUUAGGCUCUAAUUUCGUGAAUAUGUUAGGCAGAGAUAAAUGGACUCUUAAGAGGAAGGCUUUGUAGUUGUCAAGCCUACAAGUCGUAUUAAGAAAAGUUAAUUUCUGCAGAAUCAGACUGGCAUUGAGCAAACUACCUGUUUUGUACUGGUUCUAUCUGACUAGAAUAAUACAUAACGUAAGAAACCCCGCUGUAAAGGAUUCAGCUGUAGAUCUUUUGGAACGUGAAUAUAGCAUGAAAAGGAAAAAGCCAAUGGGUAAAAGGAAUCAUCUGACAAGUAAAGGAAGAGAUUCUUUGCUCCAGCGGCUAUAGGGAAAGAUUGAUUGAACUUGUAUUGGAGCUACUGUUGGCAAUGCAUAUAAUAGUGAAAAAACAACGCUGGCAAAAUACCCCUCUGAAUUACUCUAUUUGGAAUUACAAGCAGACGUGUAGCUUCUGGGAGCAAUGUAUGUCCGCUGCUUAGGUUCUGUCCUCGUGGAGUGGUUGUAUUAUUUGAAUUGCCGUGGCUGCAGAAUUGCCGGUGCCUGUUUCCUUGCAGCUUGCUGGUGUGUUAAUGAAUCAUAGCUUGUACAAUGCCCUCUGUUUCUCAAGAAUGUCCACAGGUGAUGUUUGUUCAUGAGAUGACAACCAGUGCUUACACAGAUGUGACUCUGCUUGUCCUCUAAUAAGAAUAAGGUACAAGAAAACUCACCAGGGCAUAGAGCUGGAUUGGAGCCCUUCUUUGAUUUUAUCGUAUCUAUAAAUGGUUCAAGAUUGAAUAAAGACAAUGACACUCUCAAGGACCUGUUGAAAGCGAAUGUUGAAAAACCUGUAAAAAUGCUAGUGUACAGUAGCAAAACACUGGAACUAAGAGAAACAUCGGUGACCCCCAGCAACAUGUGGGGUGGGCAGGGCCUGCUGGGAGUGAGCAUUCGUUUCUGCAGCUUUGAUGGGGCCAACGAAAAUGUAUGGCAUGUAUUGGAAGUGGAACCAAAUUCUCCUGCUGCAUUAGCUGGACUUAGACCUCAUAGUGACUAUAUCAUUGGAGCAGAUACUGUCAUGAAUGAGUCUGAGGAUCUCUUCUCCCUUAUUGAAACACAUGAAGCGAAGCCAUUAAAACUUUACGUGUACAACACAGACACAGAUAACUGUCGGGAAGUGGUGAUUACUCCAAAUUCUGCCUGGGGUGGAGAAGGCAGCCUAGGAUGUGGCAUUGGCUAUGGGUAUUUACAUAGGAUACCUACACGCCCAUUCGAAGAGGGAAAGAAAAUUUCUCUCCCAGGACAGUUGCCUAGUGCAUCACUCAGUCCCCUCAAAGAUGGCUUUACAGAGGUUCAGCUGUCUAGCUCAUCCUCAACUACUGUCAGUAAUGUUCUCAGUACAGGUGUUCCAACAGUUCCAUUAUUACCACCACAAGUAAGUCAAUCCCUUGCUUCUGUGCCACCAGUUAACCCAGCAACUACAUUACCAGGUCUGAUGCCAUUGCCAGCAGGGCUUCCCAACCUGACUGAUCUGUCCAAACUUAAUUUACCUGCACCGCACAUCGUUCCUGGGGCAGAAUUACCAGAAAUCAUUCAGCCUGGUUUGCCUUCCCUUCCUUCCUUGCCACCUCUGAAUCUGAUGGGAAUAACACCUCUAUCAAUACCACCCAAAUGUGUUCCUCUGCUUCCUUUGGUCACAGAAGUAUCUACAGUGCCUACAGAUUUGCUUCCCUCCAUCAGUCAAGCUGGAAGCUUUUCCAUUGACCCUGGCACUGCUGUAAAUGUAGAACAGACCUCUGCGCUCACCUUGGAUAGUGCUACCCCAACUUCUAAGGCAACUAUUGUUGACAGAUCAAGUGAAUCCUCUACAGUUAAUGAGAAAACAUCUGGGGUCACAGAUACACAAGCUUCUGAAUCAUAACUCCAGAUGGCUCUAUUGGAUUGGCUUGGUAUUUAUUUAGCCAUGGGAUACGUAUUUGAAGAGCAAGCUAUCAUUAAUUUCAUACUAGUUUGUACUUAAUCUUUAGGAGUCCUGUAAAUAAUAUGGAGGUAUAAUAAAAAUAAAGGGGAUUUAUAAAAUGUGCUUGGUGGGUGGGGAGGAAGAGUACUUGUACUUAACCAAAAAAAAAGUUAAGGUGGUAAAUAGAAUUCCACUGCCAAACUUGGAGGUAUAUGUUUUUAAUAUAGGCUGACAGCUUUAGUCUGCUAGGCCUCUCCUUGCUUAUAAUUACCAACUUCUGCUUCUGACAGAAACGAAGCAGUUCUUGGGUGUGACAUUUACAUACCAUAGUUCUUGUUCUUUGCAAGUAUCUUGUUACUACAGUGGGGAUGAAAACGUUCAGUCUGAGUUGUAAAUUUUAACGUUGCAAAACUUCCACCUAAAGAUAUUAAAGUAAGUUGCUGAGUGACCUGUUAACUGACAUCUCUUUAUUCAGCUUGUAUACAAAUCUUUAUUUUUAAGCUCAUGAGAGAUGCUCAAGCUAUGUUUUGUGACUGCUGCUGCGUUGCUUCACACACCCACUGUAUACUGGCAUAUGGAAGAGAAUAUAGGAAAUGUUAAAUGUAGCACACAAUUUGGCACUUCAUGACUACUGUAAGAUAAAUUAAUGGAUAAAGCAUACAUGCAGCAAUAAAUUCCUGGAAUUUUA